AUGGCACCUUACGAGGCUCUGUAUGAUUGUAUCUGUCGUACUCCGUUGUGUUGGACUGAGUUGGGUGAGCGUCGGGUUUUGGGUCCCGAAUUGAUUUUUAAGAUUGAAGAUAAUGUUAAAGUGAUUCGGGAUCGUCUUAAGGGCAAGUUGAGUCCUAGGUUCAUUAGGUCGUUCCAGAUUGUGAAACGUGUUGGACCGAUCGCCUAUCAGUUAGAGAUACCUCCCGAGUUAGACUAUAUUCACGAUGUGUUCCUCGUCUCCAUGUUGAGGCGGUAUCAGUCGAAUCCAUCUUACAUUGUCUCUGUUGAGGAAAUUGAGGUUAGACUGGAUUUAACUUUCGAGAAGGAACCAAUUCAGAUUCUGGAUAGAGAUGUUAAAGUCUUGAUGAGGAAGUCUGCUUCUCUGGUUAAGGUUCUGUGGCAGAAUCAUGGCAUUGAGGAAGCCACUUGGGAACCUGAGGGUUCGAUUCUUCUGUAA